AGACACCUGAGGAGGAAGAGCAGCCUGCACUAUGAACCCGUGGCUCGUGCUCUGCCUGGUGGCCAGCUUGGUGGGCGCCUGGUCUACUAUCCAUGCUCAAGGUGUCUCUGAGGACUGCUGCCUGGCCUACCACUCCCGUGUUCAGCCCGGCUUCCUCCGGCACGCCCGGGGUUACCGGCGCCAAGAAGUGAGCGGCAGCUGCAACCUGCCUGCUGUGAUAUUCUUCUUCCGGAGAAACAAGAUCCUGUGUGCGAACCCACGGGACAGCUGGGUGCCAAAGAUGGUAGACUUCCUGGAUGCUGGGAACAAGACCCUCUCAAAGCGCCACUGGAGACACCUGCAAGUCAUCCUCUUUGGAGGUAGGAAGUCGAACACUGGAAUCUCCAAGCUACCACUGUCCAAGGUUAGCAGGCUCACCAGAAGUAACAACAGGAAAACUACCCUCCUGACAAAAGCUAAUCCAGGACCGUGAGCUGACACAUCUCCAGGAUUAGCCCAGCACAAGAUGGGCUGGACCUUUCUCCACUGCAACGGUCCCCUGCG